CUAAAUGUCAACCAUAAACAGUUGAGACUCAGGUUUACUGAGUGCAACACCUACCAUAAGAAGUACAACAGAGUUACAGUGAAUCUGAGUAAACCUUGUAUUCUCCAGCAUGGACCUCCAUCAGAUGCUGUUUAUCAUUUUCUCUCUCUUAAUUAUACCACAAGCUCGUUUGCAGAGAUCUGGCAUACAACCCCUCUUUGAUGCUGUUCCGGAUGUAGCCCCGGAUUCCCCGGAUGACAGAUUUGUCUUUCGACCCCGUCCGUCCCAGCAACGAUUCAACGAUCAAUCUAACCCCUCCCCUACCUUCCCUUCACCUCCUUCUCCAUCUUCUCCUUCCUCUUCUCCUUCUUUACCAGCUUUCAGACUGACAUCUAGAGACAGGAAAGCGCUAUUAACCCCUUUACAGGGAUUGGAUCUGCGUCAGGUAGAGUUGACUGAUAUGCAGCGACUAGCUUUAUUACAGGAGAGAGAAUUUCAGAUUCAAGGAUUUAGUCCUUUCAGUCCAGAAACAGACGAACAGCCGCCAAAACAGAUAGAAGAAGAACAGCAACUUCAACGCCGUCCUGUUUCUCAGUUCGAACAGCCUAGAUCUCAACAGUCUUUUCCAGAACAGCAACAGACAUUUUCACAACAGCAACAGCAACAAUCAUUUCCUCAGCAACUACCACAACAGCAGCAAUUUCCCCAACGGCAACCACAACAGCAGCAAUUUUCUCAGCGACAACCACAACAGCAGCAAUUUCCUCUGCAACAACCACAACAACAGACAUUCCCUCUAAGACAGCCCGAACUGCAAACCUUUUCUCAAGAACAACCUCAACAGCAGACAUUCCCUCAAAGACAACCACAGCAGCAGUCAUUUCCUCAAAGACAGCCUGAACAGCCAGACCCUCAGCAACAACAACGACAACAAUUUGUUCCUCAGUCAGAUAACUCCCGUUUCCUACCACAACAGCAGCAAAGUAACACAAACGAAGAGUCUCUGUUUCCUGAAAUGCCAAACUUUCCUCAACAGCCAAAUAAUCCUAGUUUCCAACAACCUCAACAACAGUUUCCAAGAAGACAACGUCCACAACAAUUCAAUCCUGAGUCUAAUCAGCCACAGAGAUUUACUUCAGAGGUUCAAGAGCAGGAGGUUCAACGACAACCUCAACAACCCCGUCAGCUUCAACCUUUAGCCUCGGAUCAACAAUUUCGUCAGUCACAACCUUCAGUCCAACCUCAACAACCACGCCAGCUCUCCCCUCAACAACAAUCACAGCUUCAAUCCCAAGCUGCUCCUGAGCAGGAGCGGCAAACCUUUCAUCCAGAGCAGCUGCUCCGGAGCUUAAGCCCAGAAAAGCAGCAGCUUUUCCUUCAGCAAUUUGGGAAGCUGACUCUACAGCAGCAAGUGUAUGCAUACAACCAGUUCCUGUCCCAGCCGGUAGAGGUACAGAAGUUUGCAAUAAACCAGUUUCUGGAACUGGAUCCUGAAGUUCUGGCGAUAUCCUUGCAGACAGAAAUUGACAGACUGAGUGGAUUAGAGAGUGAAACUGCUCAAGCAACAGCUUCCAGAACAGCUGAUCAACGUGAGGUUCAACCAUCAGCUCUGGAACUAAGACAGCUGGCAGAACAACAAGCUGCUCUUGAUUCUAUUAUUGCGCAACAGAACUCAUUCAUUAAUCCAUAGAUUUAGUAUUUCUUUAAUUGGAUUUUAUUUUAUAUUUAAUUUUGAUUUAUUAUAUUUCCGCUCUAUAAGAAAUUAUUGUU